UCUCAGUCCCCCGUCCCGAAGAAACUCUUUUCCGUCAACAGUACAUCGAGGAGAUUUUAAAAAGUUUGAAAUGGGAUUAAUGAUCCGGAACCUGCAGAAGGUGGUAUCGAUCCGUCGCUCCCGGCUGCGCAAAGACGUGGACACCCUCAGGCACAUCCUGGGCAUCCAGAAGUUUGAUUUGGGCAUCAUCUGCGUCGACAACCGCAAGAUUCAGCAGAUUAAUGGCAUAUACAGGAGGAAAAACGUUCCCACGGAUGUCCUCGCGUUCCCGUUCCAUGAGGAUCUGAGACCAGGGAAGCUGCCUUGCUCUGUCCAAAGAGAUGAGCUGAACCUUGGGGAUAUCUUUCUGGGUGUUGAGUUUGUGAUGAAMCAGUGUCAGGAGGAGUCAUUAGAUCUUCACGGUUGUCUGACUAUGCUGCAGAGGGAGAGCUACAUCCUUAGCGAGUUCGGCCGACUCACGGGCCAGCACCUGGAGCCACUCAUGAAGCGCUACAGUCAGACGUGACGCCGGCUGGGACCUGCCAAGCUCACGACUCAACGCUACAACCACAGAUGMGAUUUAUGACAUGUAAAAAAAACACACAAAAAUGCUGUUUUAUUGUUCAAAUCUGCUGAAAUACUUGAAGGAUUUAUUGUAAAUCACCUGAGGAGAAACYGAGCUGUUUGAUUGUAAAUUUAAGACAUUUAAAAAGGUCCAAACGUUUGUUCUUUCACUUCAAUUUUUAUUAAAAUCUGCUAUAGGAA